AUGGCCGGACACAGCCCCUCAAACUUCCCCAUGCCGGGCACUGGUGGGGACAGGCCCGCAGGGCCAGUGCCGGUGCGGGUUGACACUCCAAUCGAGUUGAGCGCCCAGGCGGCCCCCGGCAGGCUGAUGGUCCGGCCAGAGGUCAGGCCGGGGAUGUGCCCAGACCCUGAGGUGUGGGCACUGUCCCCAGGUCCCCCGCCGUGCGAAUUCCAGGAUGGGAUGAUGCCUUGCCGGCCCCGGGUCGGAGCUGGAAAGGUGAGCGCUUGGUUCCCAAGACCCUCUGAGGUCGCCUUCCCUGGGCCCUGCAUCGACCUGCAGUGCAUCCCGACGCUGGCGCUGCCAGAAGACGUCUCUGCCGUACAGGAGAUGGAGCAGUUGGCCAAGGAGCUGAGGCAGAAGAGGAUGACCCUGGGGUACUCUCAGGCCGACGUGGGGUUGCUCAUGGGGGCUCUUUUUGGAAGGACGCUGAGCCAGACGACCAUCUGGUGCUUCGAGGCCCAGCAGUUGAGCCUCACCAACAUGUGGAAGCUGCGACUGCUGCUGAAGAUGUGGCUGGAGCAAGUGGACAUGGAGAACCUUCUGGGCUUAUGCAAAAUGGAGACGAUCCUGCAGCAGGCUGGGAAGCACAGACGGGCAUACAGGGAGAGACACAUCGGAAACAGCCUGGAGAAACUCUUCCUGCAGUGCCAGAAGCCCACACCCCAGCAGAUCAGCUGCAUCGCUGGGCAGCUCCAGCUGCAGAAGGACUUCAUCCAAGUUUGGUUCCAUAACUGGAGCAAGAUGGGCAGUCGGCCAAGCAAUGAUUUCUCCCCACUGACAGAGGUGGGGACUGUCGGACCUCCUCUCCCAAGAGGACCAGUGUGCUUUCCCCUGACAUCGGGACUCCAUUUCUGUGUCCCCCAUUAUGGGGGACCCUACUUUACACCGUUGUACCCCUGCCCCUUUCACUGCGGGAGGAACCCUCCUCUCUGCCCCAGCCACUACCCUGAGCCUCCCCAGGCUUUCCAGCUGAGGCGCCUGCCUUUCUGGGGAGGGCCAACCCGGGGAAACGGGUCCCUGGGGUUCACUUAA